GCACUUUGUGGGGGUUGAGCUCCGACAGACCCACUGGCGUGGAGCCCGCGCCUGCUGAUGCUCAGGGCAAGGCGAACUCCAGCCGUUUCCGAGCCGCCCACCUCUUGCGGCGGCUUCAUGGGGCCGCAGGAGCCGGCGCAGAGCGGUGCCGCCGCCGUGUCCCCGGCAGCGCUGGAGAAGCUGAAGCAGCGGGCGGCUGAGUGCAUCGAGCUGAGCGCGGAGCGGCUGAGCGCCCUGAGCCGGGAGAUCUGGAGCCGCCCCGAGCUGGCCUACGAAGAGCACCAGGCGCACGGCGCCAUGACCCGCUUCUUCUCGUGCGCCGAGCUGCUCGGGGCCGCCUGGGCCGUGCAGCCGCACUACAAGCUGGACACGGCUUUCCGGGCCGAGUGGGGCCCCGCCGCCCCGGCCUCGCGGCCGCUGCACUUGGGCUUCCUGUGCGAGUACGAUGCGCUGCCCGGGAUCGGACACGCCUGUGGCCAUAACCUCAUCGCCGAGGUGGGGGCGGCCGCUGCCCUGGGCGUGAAGGGCGCCCUGGAGAGUCUGCCCCAGCCGCUCCCCGCCGCGGUGAAGAUCACUGUGCUGGGAACUCCUGCAGAAGAAGGUGGAGGUGGCAAAAUAGAUCUCAUAGCAGCUGGUGCUUUUGAUGAUCUGGAUGUUGUUUUUAUGGCCCAUCCAGCACAAAGUGAUGUCGCUUAUUUACCUGAUGUGGCUGAGCAUGAUGUGACUGUGAAAUACUAUGGAAAAGCUUCUCAUGCUGCUGCUUAUCCUUGGGAAGGAGUAAAUGCAUUAGACGCUGCUGUUCUUGCAUACAACAAUAUAUCAGUUUUAAGACAGCAAAUGAAACCAACCUGGAGAGUUCAUGGCAUAAUAAAAAAUGGUGGCGUGAAACCUAAUAUCAUCCCUUCUUACACUGAGCUAGAGUUUUACUUGCGUGCCCCUUCACUGAAGGACCUCACCAUUCUGACAAAGAAAGCUGAAAAUUCCUUCAAAGCUGCAGCUGUGGCCACAGAAUGCAAAGUGGAAAUCAAAGGUGGAAGGCAUGAUUACUACAAUGUGCUUCAGAACAAGAGUCUGCAGAAAACUUACAUGGAGAAUGGAAAAGAGCUUGGAAUGGAAUUCCUUGCAGAUGAGUCUUUUUUGAAUGGUCCAUCAGGUUCCACUGACUUUGGGAAUGUUACGUAUGUGAUUCCUGGGAUUCAUCCCUAUUUUUACAUUGGCUCAGAUGCAUUGAACCAUACUGAGCCAUACACUGCAGCUUCAGGGUCUCAAGAAGCACAGUUCUACACUCUACGUGCAGCAAAAGCUUUGGCAAUGACUGCACUAGAUGUUCUCUUCAAGCCAGAUCUGUUGGAAAAAGUCAGAGAAGACUUCAGACAAACGACUCUAAAAGAGAAAGGCCACUUAAAUGUAACGGAACAAGGCAAAGAAUCUGGCCCAGCGGCAGCGUGUGCAACACGUUAAACAAAACUAAAACCUAAAUACUUCCAUGUUAACGGAAUAAAUGUUCUACUUGAAUUCUAAAGGAGGCAGGACAGAUUUCUUAGCUGGAGGAAGGUUGACUUUUGACUUUUUUUUUUUUUUUAAGGGAUGUAGGGAAACCAAAUGGUCUCAUUACUUUCAAAAAAAAAUUUCCUCUUAAAAAUAAUCAUGUAGUUGUAAUUUUGCAUGCUAUAAAAUGAUACACGCUUUUUGAAUCUAUUUGGAUGGUUGAUCCACAGUGACAGACAAUUGGUUGAAUGCUUUUUGCACAGUACUUCAGUCUACAGCUACAACAUCCACAUUUCAGGUUAAGAUGGCAGAACCAUAUAGAAAAGCUCACCUAUUAAAAAUACCCUAAAUACAUUGACCUGUCAUGGUAAACCUUUUGUGGGGAAGGACUGGAGGAACCUUGUGUUGAAAUCUGUACAAGAUGUAUAACAACCCCAUCCCCUAGCUAAAGUACAAACUUUCAGGGGAAAGUAACAUACCAGAGAGGGUAAAUCUGUACACUUGAGCCAAAAUAGGGUGCCUAAAAUAAAAUUCUAUGUAGGUGCCUAAAUUGGUAGCCUUAUUUUUCAGUGGUGCUGAGCUCCUAGCAUCUCCCACGGAACUUAAUUGGAACGGAAUGCUUCCAAAAAUCAGGACUUGCUCAUAGGAGUUCAACGUAGGUCUUGUCUGCAGGAGAAAGCUGCACCUGUUUAAAGGUGUCAAUCUUUUUUUUUUUUUUUAAAGCCAAUUCAGUUAAACUAGUACAAAA